GGAAGUGGGAGCCAAGUCAUAUGCAUGCAAACAGAGAAGAUCUGAAAGUGAUGAACAGCUAGCUAUUGAUCUUCAUCCAGGCAUAUAUUCAAUACCAUCAUUGGCAUAAACACUUGCAUUAUGGAUGCUUUUAAGGGCUGUUUUUGCUUGAAGAAGGCCAAAACCAAAUCUUGGUGUCCAGAGGCUAGCGUCCUUGCUUCUGAAACACCUUUUGCAGUCAAUGAAGUCGAGGCCUUGUAUUGCCUCUUCAAGAAACUAAGCGGUUCCAUACAUGAUGAUGGUCUUAUUCACAAGGAAGAAUUCUAUCUUGCACUUCUCAUAAACAGUCGUCAGCAAAAUCUUUUUGCAGACAGGGUAUUUGAUCUAUUUGAUGUUAAGCAUAAUGGGGUUAUUGAGUUUGAAGAAUUUGUUCGAUGUUUAAGCAUCUUCCACCCAAAUGCACCUGAAGCAGACAAAAUUACAUUUGCAUUUAGAUUGUAUGAUCUACGGCAGACUGGCUACAUUGAGCGCGAAGAGUUGAAGGAGAUGGUGUUGGCUAUUCUGACUGAAUCUGAUCUGGCACUUCCUGAUGAUGAUGUGGAAUCAAUGAUUGAUAAGACAAUGAUGGAGGCAGAUUCAAAAGAAGACGGAAAGAUUGAUCUAGAAGAGUGGAAGGAAUAUGUAGCAAAGAAUCCAUCUCUGAUAAAGAACAUGAAUCUUCCAUAUUUAAAGGAGAUAACCGUGGCAUUUCCCAGCUUUUUGCUGAACACAGAAUUCGAAGAGGAUAAAUAAUUGCCGAUGACAGAUAGUAUAGUUGUUCUCCCUUAGAUGCUGAUCUCAUCAAGACACAUCCCCUAUGGAGAACUUGGUGCAUGCAUCCAUGGUUGCAGUUAAAGCAGUAGAGAGAGGAGCAAAGACCAACAAAUCUCUGAGGCGCCUCCCGUCAAGCUAUACUAUUUCCAUGGUUGCAAUAAAAUAUUUGUUUACAUUGGUUUAAAAUGUAGUUCACAUUGUUUCUGCUCAUCUGUGUGGC